AUGGAAAAAGGAAAUCACAUUCGAACGCCGUGCUUUCGCGCAUCUCAACUUCGAAGCUUUUGUUUGAUCGCUUUCUUAUUAUGUCAAUCGUUUCAAUCUGUCGUUUCACUACCAACAAUUGCUUCUGAUGUGGAGGUAGCAUCCAAAAUCGCCGCUGAGCCUGUCAUGGAGCUCUCACAAUCUGAAAAAACUUCUGAAAAAGCGGUGAAAACCUUCUCAAGCGAUAAGGUUAAAGGACCACCCAAGACCAAAUGGAGUCAGUGGUUCUCUAUGUUAUUUGCUGCACUGUUUUCCAUUCCCAUGUUGAUAAGUGUCAAAGAUCAACCACUUCCCACAGACGCUGACUCGGUGACAUCUAACGAAAUACCAUCUGCUUCUGAACGGCCUGGGGCUCCAUCAUUAUUAACCUGGACUCAGCAACACAGGGAUAUAGUACAACAACGGUUAAAUGGGAUCACCGCAAAAGGCCGGUUUGCUACUAAUCGAGAAAUCAAUGAGAUGUUUUACGAAGCAGAAGCGGAGAUCAGUAAAAAACCUUUGGCGGAGGUCCAUAAGGCCUUGAAUGUUAAACCUCUCUCAACUUAUACACCACCACCGUGGAGCAAAGAGUUUCAAGCUAAUCCGUCUACGGCUCCAACUAUCUCGACAUAUACACCACCACACUGGACCAACGAGAUUCAAGCUAAUCCGUCUACCGCUCCAACUAUCUCAACGUAUACACCACCACACUGGACCAACAAGAUUCAAGCUAAUCCAUCUAUCGCUCCAACUAUCUCGACAUAUACACCACCACACUGGACCAACGAGAUUCAAUCUGGUAACUUGGAUCAUAUGGGUAACCAUCCUUCGUGGCAGACACUGGCAGUUGAUAAUCAUAAUCAAUUUGCAUCUCAAGGGCAUUAUCAAAAUCUGCACAACUUUCAUGAUGCGGGUCUCAAUCAGCCACCAUACUCAGCGCAGCACGUAGGGUCCGAUGGUUUGAACCAUUAUAUCCUGCCGGACGUCGCACACGCACAGUACGCUCAUCCAUACUCAUACGAACCAGCUCCAAGUUAUCAGGUAGCACGCAAGGAUGGCACAGGAUAUUUUUACCCGCAAUCCCAACAAUCGCAGGAUGUACCACAUUAUGAGAAUCACGCUGAUUCUGAAAAAGUUUUAGAUCACAGCAAAGAAUGGGAAGAUCUUGGCGGUGAAAUUGAUAAGUAUCGUCACCAGGAAGGUUUUAAGAUAGAUGAUUUGCCUCAUAUUGAUGACAUCGUCAACCACAACGGUUUCAAGGCGCCUGCACCUCAUGAUUUCUAUUUCACUUCACCCCAUAAACCUGAAGUACCGAAUCCCUAUGAACAUACUGCUACAUCUUGGAAGAACCCGAAUUUGCCUGAGGAAAGCGAGACUGGGUUCUCUGAUAUUGACAAGGAUCCAAGAUUUCACCCUAAGAUUAAUAAUCACCAGCCUAUCGGAACCUCUAACGAUGGAGAUCAAAUGACUCGAUCAUCACGACCUCUCGGUCUGAAGUAUCCUGAAUUUGACUUUUUAUCUCCAAACCAAUAUCAUCAUGUCUGGCCUACUAAUGAAGCACCGAUCACCAGUAAUAUGGAGAAACCAAGGCUUACCUACUCUCAAGUUCUAACAGCAUAA